UCAUUUGGAGCUGAUCCAACAGGCAGGAUCAGGGAGACAGAGCACUGAGAGCACAGCAGCCAAGGUGCAGGUGCCUGAGCUCAGUCAGGUCUCUCUAGGUCGUCCUCAGACGAGCCCUCCAUCGUUGCUUCCAGUCAUCCCGGUUCUCCAUACAUCUGGCCAGUUCAUUGGUACUUUGUGCUCCUGCGUCGUUCUUGAGUACGUCCACGUAUGUUUGUGCGGGACGUCCUCGUGCCCGAUGCCCGCGUGCUGGUUCCCACAGCACCAAUCUGCAGGCUGGCAGCUCUUGAUGCCUUUGGCAAUGUCCUGCUAGUCUCAUUCUCCUGGCUGCAAUAUUCUCGCUCACCCUUGGUAUUCCCUCGUACAGGAUGUUGUUAAAUGUACACUCUUGCUGAUGUUAAAUACUGCUCGCAACAUUCUGGUGUAGCAUCCGUCUAGAGACUUUUGCAGGGUUGGCUUCAGGGUCCAGCAUUCACUGCCAUAGAGGAGAACAGACUCUACCGUUGAAGAAGCUGAGUUUGAUUUGACGGGGAGAUUGGAGCUCCAUACACUGGUCAUGCCGUUCAGGGCCCUCCAUGCAAGUGCCUUCCUCACCUUAAGAUCUUGCUCGGUUGAGUUGACCCAUGAGCCCAGGUACUUGAAGUCCUUGACUUCUUUAAGCACAGUGCCUUCUGUUGUUGUCAGAGGUGGAUGUUCCGGUAAGAUGUUAUAGGUGAUAACCUCAGUGUUCUUGGCGUUUAGCCUCAGGCCAACCUUGGCACACUCUGACUCCACUCUGUUCAGGAGUUCCUGUGCUUGCUCCACGCUGUCGGAGAGCAGGCUGAUGUCGUCCGCAUAGUCCAGGUCUGUCAGGACUACUGUGGGGUGUCGUCUCGACCUCCUUGGUGUUAGAGUGAAGCCAAGAUCCUGCUCUCGACCACUGAUGGCCUUCCUGAGCGCAUAAUCCAGGACCAUGAUGAAGAGGAAGGGGGCCAGGGUGUCCCCUUGCAUUACCCCAGCCAGGAUGUCAAACUCCUCGCUGUUGCCGUCUGGGGUCACCACCCUGGCCCUUGUUCCUCAGGUACGGCCCUGUGUUCUCGCUGCUCCUCGGCCCUCACCUCUCGGUGGUCUUGAACCGGCACCAGGAGGCCAGAGAGGUCCUGCUGCAGCGCGGGAGGGAGUUCGCUGGGAGACCCUUCAUGGUGACCACGGACCUGUUGACUCGGGGGGGGAAAGACAUCGCCUUCUCAGACUUCUCUCCUCUCUGGAAGAUGCACCGCCGCCUCGUCCACGACUCCUUCACUCUGUUCGGGGAGGGCAGCGGACGCCUGCAGGACAUCGUCCGGUCCUCGGUGGACGACCUGUGUUUGGAGCUGUUGUCAGGAGGGGGGCGGGGCUUCGACCCGUCGCCCGCGAUAACGAGAGCUGUCACUAACGUGGUGUGCACGCUGGUGUUCAGCUCAACGUAUUGUCACGGCGACGCCGAGCUGCAGGAAGUGAUGCGGUACAACGACGGCAUCGUGGAGACCAUCGCCGGGGGGGGGCUGCUCGACAUCUACCCCUGGAUCAAGGUGUUUCCCAACAGGUGUCUCAGGAAACUGAAGGACUGCAUCGCCGUCAGAGACCGGCUGCUGUCCCGCAAACUGGAAGAGCACAAGGCGUCCCUGAGUGACGGCCCCCCCCGGGACCUUCUGGAUGCCUUGCUGCAGGGUCAGGGGUCGGGGCAUCAGGAGGGGGAGGGGCAUAAUGAGGGGGGGGGCAUCACAGACGAUCACGUCCUGAUGACGGCAGCCGAGGCGUUUGGGGCCGGCGUGGAAACCACAUCCACCACGCUGCUGUGGAUCCUGGCCUUCAUACUGCACCACCCCCAGGUGCAGCGCAGGGUACAAGCGGAGCUGGACGAACAGCUGGGCGAGCGUCCGGUGUGUGUGUCGGACCGAGUCCGGCUGCCGUACCUGGAGUGUGUGAUCAACGAGGGCAUGAGGAUCAGACCGGUCAGUCCAGUGCUGAUCCCGCACACCGCCAUGACGGACAGCAGUAUUGGAGGUCACCCGGUCCGUCGUGGGACUCGAGUUUUGGUGAACAUGUGGGCGAUUCACCACGACCCCGAACACUGGGACACACCGGACCUCUUUAACCCAGACCGUUUCCUUGACGACCGGGGCCACCGGGUGACGCCCCCUUGCUUCAUGCCGUUUGGGGCGGGUCCUCGAGUCUGCGUUGGCGAAUCACUGGCCAGGCUGGAGCUGUUCCUCUUCCUGUCUUCUCUGCUCCAGCGAAUGAGCUUCAAGCUGCCGGACGGGGCUUCCCCGCCCAACCUGCAGGGGCGACUGGGCGUCGUCCUUCAGCCGCUGCCUUAUAAGGUCGUGGUCACUCCCAGGGAGGGGUGGGAGGGUGGGGCUUAG